CGGUGGGUGGUGCUGGCGGGUCACCCUCGGCGGCGACGGCGCAGCUGGAGGCGCAACUGCAGAGCAAGUCGGCGACGAUCGAGACGAUGGAGCUGGAGAUGUCCAGGCUGCGCGCGCAGGUGGAGAAGCUGUCCGCUUCGGCGUCGGGGCCGUCCGAGCAGAUCGCGGCGCUGGAGGAGAAGCUGGCGCGGGCGGAGAAGGCGGCCGGGCUGGCGCAGCAGGAGUUGGCGGAUUUGAAGCAGAAUCUGGAAAGAGUGUCGAAGGAGGCGGUCAAGGAGGGGUCGCAGCGCGCGUCGGCGGAGACGAAGUUAAGGGCGCUGGAGAAGGAGGUGGAGGAGGCGAAUAAGGCUAAGGAUGAGUUGGCGAAGAAGGCGGAGGCGUGGGAGAAGAAGGUUGCUACGCUUACGACGUUGCACAAGGAGCAGGAUGGCAGGACACAGGCUCUGAGGAAGGAUAAGGAGGUCGUAGAUAAGGAGCUGGCGGAAUUGAAGCAGAAGGUUGAGAAGUUGGAAGAGGAGAACCUGAAACUGCGAAAGAAGGAUGCCCGGGAAGGCGGUGGUGUGGAGGAAGGCCUGGAUGAGCUUGAGGAGGAGGGCCGUCUCAAGUUGGAGAAGCGUGUCAGAGAGCUGGAAGCUGAGAAUACCGAUCUCAGGAGGGGCAUCUGGCAUGAAAAGAGGAAGGAGUUGCAAGUCGGGCCUGAGGCGUUCGAAACUGUCGACCUCGGCGGUGGAUUGCACUCAUCCGCGCACGGUCACCAGCAUCACAAGAGCCGCGGCGGAUUGGGUGAGUUCUUUACAAGUGGCCUUAAUGCGCUUACCGGUGCUGCGGGUGGCGGGGAUCACCAUCAUGGCCACGGCGGUGCUCUUGAUGAGCUACUUGAGGAUGACGACAUGGAGUUUGAUGAGGAGGCAUUCCGUCGUGCACGUGAGGAAGAGCAGAAGAAGAGGCUGGAGCGAAUCAAGGAGCUCAAGAGGGCGCUGAAGAACUGGGACGGCUGGAGGCUCGACUUGGUGGAGAAUAGGCGGGGUGGUGGUGAGGGUAUUGGUGAGAUAUUCGAGAUCUGAAUAAGAGGGGUCUGAAGUGAAUUGCCGUUUUGGAGUUGGGAUGAAAUCUCAGGUUCUCGGUCUUCGCAUGAUGCAGGCUCUGAAUAGAGAAUCACUCCUAUUGUACAGUCUUAUUGAAGGUUCCUAUUGUACACUGCAGCUAGCAGCAGGUCCGAGGAUGUAAUAUUUAGUCGGCCGUCUGUCUUCCUCUUCUUCGUCCUCUUUGCAAACUUUCUGCGAGUUAACAAUCAGCGACACUCGACAUCACUUUUGCGAUCAACUUCUUUUCGAAAACUUUCCAAGUCUUGGGCGAGUCUCGAGUCUUUCAACCGUCAUACAUUCUGUCAUCUCUUCUAUCAACUCUCUCUUCUACCAACUCUCUCUUCCAUCAACUCUCUCUUCCAUCACCUCUCUCUUCCAUCACCUCUCUCUUCCAUCA